GUAACAACACCAUGGUAUCGAAUCCCAAGUCUCACUUCCACUCUAAUGUUCAUACCUCACCAAUGGAACUCUCUUCUUCCUUCACACACUCCCACAACUUGUUCUCUUUCUCAUCAUCCCUCACUCCCACUCUUCGACGUCAAACCCUCCGCGUCUCCGCAGUAACCAUAGACCCACCGCAAGAGCUUCCCAAGAACAGCCCCCAGCGUCUCCUUAAGGAGCUCGCCGAGCGCAAGCGCCCCUCCCCGCGAACCCCACGCGCUCCCCCGCGAAGAUUCAUCCUCACGCGCCCGCUAGACGACAAAAGAGUCGCGGACAGGUUCCUCAACAGCCCCCAGCUGGCGCUCAACACGUUUCCCUUGCUAAGCUCCUGCCUCCCCUUCUCCCCUCUGGAUCACCUGGACAAGUCAUGGAUGGAGAAUCACUUGAUGGAAGCCAAGCAGGCGCUGGGGUACCCUCUGGAGCCCUCCCUCACCCUCGGGGACGAUAGCGGCCCCGCCAUGGAGCUGGACACGCUGCUCUACUUGGCGUUUCAGCAUGAAUCGUGUGAGCGGAGCCGGGCGCGGCACGUGCGCUUCGGCCACUCCAGGCUGUUUUUUCUUGGCCAGUAUGUGCUGGAGCUGGCUUUGGCGGAGUAUUUUUUGCAGAGGUAUCCGAGGGAGUCGCCGGCGCCGAUGAGGGAGCGGGUGUUCGAGUUGAUUGGGAAGAGGAGCCUGCCCAGGUGGAUUAAGGGUGCUGCUUUGCACAAUUUGGUUUUCCCCUAUGAUGAUAUGGACAAGUUGGUUAGAAAGGAAAGGGAGGCUACUGUAAAGUCUGUAUUUUGGGCCUUGUUUGGGGCAAUCUAUCUUUGUUUUGGUAUGCCAGAAGUGUAUCGUGUUCUUUUUGAAGUCUUUGGAAUGGAUCCAGAUGCUGAGGAUUGCCAGCCCAAAUUGCGUAGGCAACUUGAAGAUAUAGAUCAUGUAUCUGCCGAGUUUGAAGGCAAGAUAAGCUGGCAAGAUAUGGUUGUGUAUAAGCCUCCUGCAGAUGCCUUGUUUGCACAUCCACGGCUGUUCAGAGCUUGUGUUCCUCCAGGCAUGCAUCGGUUUAGAGGAAAUUUAUGGGAUUAUGAUUGCAGACCCCAGAUUAUGCGAGUCCUUGGAUAUCCAUUAAAAAUGACAGAUAGAAUUCCCGAAAUUACUAAAGCCAGGAACAUAGAGCUUGAUCUUGGGUUGCAGCUAUGUUUCUUGCAUCCGUCAAAGUACAAAUUUGAUCAUCCUCGAUUUUGCUAUGAGAGAUUAGAAUACCUUGGCCAAAAGAUACAGGAUUUGGUAAUGGCUGAAAGAUUGUUGAUGAAACAUUUAGAUGCUCCAGGGCUAUGGUUACAAAAUAGGCACCGCAGGUUUCUUAUGAACAAGUAUUGUGGAAGAUAUUUGAGGGCCAAAAAUCUCCACCAUUUUAUUAUAUAUAACGAAAAGGUUCAAGAUGCAUAUCAGCGCGCCUAUAGACUGAAAUACCCAGUCACUACAUCUGUUCAACAGGCCCUUCACGGACUUUCAUAUGCUGUUUAUGGGAAACGUGAUGUCAGACGUCUGAUGUUUGAGGUCUUUGACUUUGAGCAAACCCAGCCUGAAGCAAUGUAAAUAUGAAGAGACAAUACAAUAGUGACAAGGAUACAAGAACUUUCCUUUUCCUCAUAUCCUUCGACCACCUUUCCCUUCUUCACAUAUCUCUUUCUUUCCAUUUUAACCCUCUUGAUCUAGGUUUUUACAUAUGAUGAUCUGAUCCACCUUUUUUAAUUGGUUUGCAAAUUCUUUUGAAGUUGCUGUUGUAUAUAUAUUCAUUGUAUUCUAUUAAUUUUGAGGUCAUGAGCCCUAGAUUCCUAAAGUUGCAUGGAGAUGAGGAUGUAUUAUGCGGAUGUGUCUGGCUAUAUGUUGUUUUCCAAUCACCAAUAGCCAAGGAGUUUAAUUGGUCAAGUAGGUGAUUUUAGAA